AUGUCCAUGCCUGAGGACUCGUCACCUUCGAAAACCCUCGUCAACUUCAUCGCCACCCUAAUUCGUCGCGCAGCUUUGGAUCCCAGCAUUCCCUAUGCUGCCCUGCUUCUUCUCCAGCGGCUGAAGCAACGAUAUCCGACUGCCCGCGCAACAGGACAUCGGCUCUACUUCGCGGCAUUUAUGCUCGCCUCGAAGAUUCUGUCCGACACCGAAUGGACUGUCCGGUCGUGGCGAUAUUCAGCACAGUGGUCCUUUUCUCGUGCUUUGGUCCUCGAAAUGGAGAGGGAGCUGUGCCAAUGUCUUGAUUGGGACCUCAAUUUCGAUUUCGACACCUUGUCUACCUUCCAUCUGGUGGUACGCCGCAUUUACAGCAGAGAUCGACACACCUAUCCGGUCUAUUCCCUCCUCAAGCUUUCACGGCGAACGGACCCUGUCGCUAGUCGGCGUGGAUCGCCGAAAUCUGCGGAGUCGGAGUCCCUCCCUUCCCCUUGCAUCGAGUCGUCUGCCGUCACAACGUCGUCAGUUGCUGGUAGUAGUGAUUGGCGGCUAGAUCGAUCGCAUACGGACUCGCCAUCUUACUUUGCAGACGACGAGAGCUCCGACGUUGACGAUAGCUCUUCGGUCAGGGACGCAAAUGCACGUAUUUCGUGA